AACCGAGUUGUCCAGGUCAAAUUAUGCACAUUUCGAUUAGUUUCGCGAUUCUGAGUUAACGAUUGAAAAAACCCUCAAAUGGCCUUAAAAUUUGCGAUGUUUGGCAUUUGUGAAAUUUGAACAUACGACUUUGCAGAGAACAAGUAUUUAAAAACAGAGAGAUGCUAUCUUAUGAUUAUGUUCCUCACACUUCUUCCUUCGUAUCAUACACCAUAUAACUCAAGCGCAUCACUGAAAACAUACCACACAGUAGUAUUUCUUCCUUUAAGAGUUUCUCUCAUUGGAGACGCAAAUUUAUUUGCAUGGCGCACUUACCACCCAAAGCACCACCAAACAUGACUCAGAAUUGGCAUUCACUCCCUUUCCAGAUGAUGCAGAUUACUUCCAAUACCACCACCACUGCCGCCGCCACACCGCCCCCGUCGUGGGUGGACGAAUUCCUCGACUUCUCGUCGGUUAGGCGGACCGCUUACCGGAGGUCGGAAACCGACUCAAUUGCAUUCCUCCCAUUGCUUGAAGAGUGUCCAACUUCACCACCACCAAGGACUGCCGUGCAUGGAGGAGGUGCUGAUGGAUUUGAGCGGCUCAACGACGAACAGCUCAUGUCCAUGUUUGCCGAUGAGGUGGCGGUGGAGGUGGUGGGGCCAACGGCGUCGUCGUCUGAUCCUACAACGCCGUCCGAUCAUAACACCAAUGACGAGGAGAAGCCGCGGCUGCCACAAGAUCAUCAGAAGAAGAGGCCAAAAGAAGAGCCACGAGAGGUACAGGACGGCUCAUGCAAAUCUGACCCACCAACCACCAAGCCUUCCAAAAAUGCAGCCGGCGGCGACACCGUCGUCGAUCCCAAGAGGAUCAAAAGGAUUUUGGCCAACAGACAAUCAGCUCAGAGGUCCAGAGUGAGGAAGCUUCAAUACAUUUCAGAGCUCGAGCGCAGUGUUACCUCAUUACAGUCUGAAGUAUCGGCAUUGUCUCCGAGAGUUGCAUUCUUCGACCAUCAAAGGUUGAUCCUUAACGUUGACAACAGCACCCUCAAGCAAAGGAUUGCUGCUCUUGUUCAGGACAAAAUUUUCAAAGAUGCCCAUCAAGAAGCAUUAAGGAAAGAGAUAGAGAGAUUAACUCAAGUAUACCGUGAGCAGAACAAUAAGGAGAUGGCCACCUCUCAAGACAUUUGUAGUGCAGACAAGGAUCAACUUCUCAACACAGAAGAAAAAUACGCAGACAAAUACAGAGAAGGAGAUGAGAGAGAGUGAGAGGCUGUGUGGGCGCAUAUCCUGCUAACCCGCGCAUGGCCAUGUGAUGUGUUGCUUUCCUCUGUUCGGAUGGCUUGAGGGGUCCCCUUUCUAAAGGCUGGCACGAUUGUACUGUUGGAGGAUGGCCUUAAACAUGGUUGAAUUAAUCACAGCUAUUGUUUGGUUGGAGUAACCUUUUUUCUAUUUGAGUAUUUUUUAUUUGGUUGUGGCCCGGACACUCCUUACCAUUGGAAGAAGAAAAGGUAACAUUAGUUUGCUUCUUUGGCAGGAGAGUUGUGUUUUAAAAGGAGAAGGUCAAAAGGUUGAUAUCUAUUUUAGUGUUUUCUUGUAAAUCGGUAGUAAUUGUAAUUAGUGUUUCCUUGUAAAUCGGUAGUAAUUGUAAUGGUUUUUGUAACUGAAAUUGGAAAAUUUUGAGUC